GUGUUCAUCCGGAAAUUAAUGAAUAACUCCUUAUUCACUUAUUAUCUCAUUAGCGUAUCAUAUUUCAGCACUUAAACUAUUUCUGCAAAUUAAAAUAAAUACAAACAAAUAAUAAUUUAGUUCCUUCACAAUAAAUAGUAAUACAUAUUAGACAACAAAAUACAAUGAACCAGAUUUAUCAUAGAGUACAAACAAUAUCUGAGAUAAUAAAAACAAGUUGUAUCAUAUUAAAUAUGACAUAAUAAACAUGUAUUUGCUUUACUGUGAAACAUGAGUUCUAUCAUCAGUGUUUAUACUAGAUGGAUCAAAGUGCGUAACGCAGCAGCGUGUCCGGUCUGUGUGUCGUGUCUCUACGCGGCUCCCUGUCCGGUCAGCGCCAGAGGACUCGAACCUGUGACCGGACCGGUAAUGGGAAGCAUGCCGCGGUGACUCUCUGAUCCUCCGGUGGCUGCUGGGUAAUAAAGUGUCCGCGAAAACGUCUCUAAUGUCGGCUGUCGGCUCGGACCAGAACCGGAACCGGACCGCAGAGCUGCAGGAGGCCGGGCUCCUCCAGCCGCAGACCGUGUUCGUCAUCCUGGACUCGGCAGAAACUCUCAACCUGGUCCGGGUGGAGUCUGGUAUCGUCGCUGACAUCGAGGUCGACAGUUUGGUUCCGUCUGACUGUGACACGUUCUACGAGAUCAAGAGCCAGCCAAUCAGCUUCAGUUCGUCGACAGCAGCUUCCUCUUCAUCAUGUUCUUCCUCCCUGACAUCCAGGGUUCUGAUGCGGCAGGAUCUGAUGCGACAGCAGGCCCUGGAGGAGGAGCAGAAGGAGGCGCAGCAGCUCCUCCUGCGCUCAGCAGACUCCUCCUCCCCCAUCUUCCUGUCUUCCUCCUGCAGACCUCCUGCUCAGGUCCCUGUGGAGGUGCUGAAGGUGCAGACUCACCUGGAGAACCCCACCAGGUAUCACAUCCAGCAGGCUCAGCGGCAGCAGGUGCGUCAGUACCUCUCUGACGCACAGACAGCCAAUCAACACGCAGGACCGUCACCAAGCCACUCCCCCCACCUGGGCCCCGCCCCCAAACUACAGCCGCCAGACGCCUUCAGGAAAACAGAGAUGGAAGACACCGUCAUCGAUGACGUCAUCAGCCUGGAGUCGAGCCUGAAUGACGAGUUUCUGACACUGAUUGAGUCUGGAUUACAGCUCGCCAACACGGUAAGAACAGGGUCUGUGGGUCUGAUGGGUCUGUUGGGGGGUGUUCGGGCCCUGCUGGUUCUGUUGGGUCUCCUGGUGGACUACAUGUCCUGA